AUGGGAGAAGGGGAUGGAAUCUGGGAGAAGGGGAUGGAAUCUGGGAGAAGGGGAUGGAAUCAGGGAGAAGGGGAUGGAAUCUGGGAGAAGGGGGUGGAAUCUGGGAGAAGGGGGUGGAAUCUGGGAGAAGGGGAUGGAAUCUGGGAGAAGGGGAUGGAAUCUGGGAGAAGGGGAUGGAAUCUGGGAGAAGUGGAUGGAAUCUGGGAGAAGGGGAUGGAAUCUGGGAGAAGGGGAUACAAUCUGGGAGAAGGGGAUGGAAUCGGGGAGAAGGGGAUGGAAUCUAGGAGAAUGGGAUGGAAUCUGGGAGAAGGGGAUGGAAUCUGGGAGAAGGGGAUGGAAUCUGGGAGAAGGGGAUGGAAUCUGGGAGAAGGGUAUAGAAUCUGGGAGAAGGGGAUGAAGUCUGGGAGAAUGGGAUGGAAUUUGGGAGAAGGGGAUGGAAUCUGGGAGAAGGGGAUGGAAUCUGGGGGAAGGGGGUGGAAUCUGGGAGAAGGGGAUGAACUCUGGGAGAAGGGGAUGGAAUCUGAGAGAAGGGGAUGGAAUCUGGGAGAAGGGGAGAAGGGGAUGGAAUCUGAGAGAAGGGGAUGGAAUCUGGGAGAAGGGGAUGGAAUCUGGGAGAAGGGGAUGGAAUCAGGUAGAAGGGGAUGGAAUCUGGGAGAAGGGGAUGGAAUCUGGGAGAAGGGGAUGGAAUCAGGGAGAAGGGGAUGGAAUCUGGGAGAAGGGGGUGGAAUCAGGGAGAAGGGGAUGAAAUCUGGGAGAAGGGGAUGGAAUCUGGGAGAAGGGGAUGGAAUAUGGGAGAAGCGGAUGGAAUCUGGGAGAAGGGGGUGGAAUCUAGGAGAAGGGGGUGGAAUGUGGGAGAAGGGGAUGGAAUCUGGGAGAAAGGGAUGGAAUCUGGUAGAAGGGGAUGGAAUCUGGGAGAAGGGGAUGGAAUCUAGGAGAAGGGGAUGGAAUCUGGGAGAAGGGGAUAGAAUCUGGGAGAAGGGGAUGGAAUCGGGGAGAAGGGGAUGGAAUCUGGGAGAAGGGGAUGGAAUCUGGGAGAAGGGGAUGGAAUCAGGUAGAAGGGGAUGGAAUCUGGGAGAAGGGGAUGGAAUCUGGGAGAAGGGGAUGGAAUCUGGGAGAAGGGGAUGGAAUCUGGGAGAAGGGGGUGGAAUCAGGGAGAAGGGGAUGAAAUCUGGGAGAAGGGGAUGGAAUCUGGGAUAA